AGACGGGAGAUCGGAGCAGUUUUCUGUUUGGGCCAAUUUUUAUAGUUUUUGCUGAAUUCUAAGUUUUGUUAAUGACCUGGCUUUGACCACCAAUAUUUACCAGGACCGUGUAGUGGUUUCAACCAGAAAUGCUGGAAAACAAAAGAUAAAACAAGACAGACGGGCUGUUAAAAGAAAUAUUUCUUCGUGAUGGCAGCAGAGGAAGAAAUUAACCUGCUGGCCAUCGUGGUGGAUGUGAACCCGAUAUGGUGGGGGCAGCAGGCUCAGCGUGAGCCCGAGUUCACCUUGUCCAAGUGUAUGGAUGCGGUGAUGGUGAUGGGAAACGCUCACAUGGCCAUGACCAGGACCAACAAGCUGGCUGUCAUCGCGAGCCACUGCCAGGACAGUCACUUCUUGUAUCCCAGUAAGAGCUGGAGAGACGGAGAUGGUGGUGGAGACGAAGCCUCCUCCAGUGGGGAUGGAAAAUAUGAACUCCUGUCUGUUGCCAACAAUGUAAUUGCUGAAGAAAUCAGGAACAUCAUGUCAAGAACUGAAGUGCGGGGAAAUUCAACUGAUACUUUGUUGGCUGGAUCUCUUGCCAAAGCUCUCUGCUACAUCCACAGAGUGUCAAAGAAACUGGAAGUUGGACAGGAGAUAAAGUCAAGAAUAUUGGUGAUUAAAGCAGCUGACGACUGUGCCCUCCAGUACAUGAACUUCAUGAAUGUGAUUUUUGCGGCCCAGAAGCAGAACAUCCUGAUCGAUGCCUGUGUGUUGGACUCAGACUCGGGUCUCCUUCAGCAGGCCUGUGAUAUCACCGGAGGAUUGUAUCUGAAGAUACCGCAGAAAGUUGCUUUGGCUCAGUAUCUUAUGUGGGUGUUUCUGCCAGACAUCGAGCAGCGUUCGCAGCUGGUCCUCCCUCCGCCCGCACACGUCGACUACAGAGCUGCGUGUUUCUGCCAUCGAAAUCUCAUUGAAAUUGGUUACGUGUGCUCGGUUUGCCUGUCAAUAUUCUGCAACUUCAGCCCCAUUUGUACAACAUGCGAGACUGCCUUUAAAAUCCAGCUUCCGAAGAUGGUCAAGCCCAAAAAGAAGAAGCUCAAGCAACCUGCGUGAUUUAUUUUUGGGGUUUUUUUUACAUGUUGUGGUGGCUUUACUCUACAUUAGUAGUAUAAAUAUUAAGUUACCUUUGUAUGACUAAAGGUGACAAACACUUGAAAUGACUGUUUACUCUCAAAAUGAGAGAAGCACUACUUCAUUUUGUGAGUUUAACUUUGGCUUUGCUGAAUAGUUUGAUCAAUAUUUGCAAACUUGUAUAAAUAUGCACUGUUGUUCAAAUUUCUUAAGAUAUUUUGCCCAUAUUGGUUUCGUGUGGAUAACAUUUACUACUUUUGAAAAAAAAGUUCUUUAUCUGAAUUUUUAUACAAUAAAGUUUUUCACACACUG